UGAAAACAGCAAUUCGAAACCACAACCUAGCGUGGCUAAGUUGUACUCAACGCACCAACGUGGACCAGGACUCGUUGCCGACUGUCAAGUUCGCCGGUGUCUCCGGGAGUCCUAUAGAUAUCAUCCUGCCAGCGGUGCUAACUAUUAAUACUUAAAGCUUGUUAUAUAGUAAUGGGAAUGGAGGUGUUCCUUGCGACUGUUCUAUUCGUGCUGGCGAUGCCGUCGGCAAUGUCAGCACCUAGUGCAGCAGCGGCACCUACCCCAUCCAACAUCUACGACUUGAUCAUCAUUGGCUCUGGUAUGUCCGGCCUUGGUGCAGCUAAGCGCGCGAAGGAACUGGGCGUAAACAAGAUUCUCAUCCUUGAGGCACGCGACCGCAUCGGUGGCCGAACUUUCACCCAGCCGCUCAGCAUUACUCUGCCACCAAACUCUCCGACACCAGCUGUUAUCGAUUUGGGAGCGGCGUGGAUUCAUGGCUCCAGCGGUGCUGCCCGCGGCCUCAAUCCCAUGGCCAAGUUAGCUAAUGACGCGGGCACUGGCUAUUUCACCACCACCGAGAAUGGACUGAGCUUCGAUCCUCAGGGCAGGGAGGAUACCGCUCAGUGGGACAGCACCCUCGAGGACAUGCUCAGCCGCUGGGAGACGUACUUGAACAAUUAUUCCCCCACGAACACGGAAAGCCUAAACACCGUGACCAACAAGUUUAUUAACUCGCGGAGUUUUACUGCGCUGCAAAAGACCGCCCUCACCCAGGGGCUGAUGACGGAAGUGGUGAUGGACUACGCCGCUGACCUGAGUGACAUGUCCGCGAGGUGGUCCAUGGAGGACCUGGUGUGGGGCAGUGGCCCCGACGCCCUCCCUGCCCGGGGCUACAGCGCCCUGGUUGACUACCUGGCCACCAACCAAACCAUCUGGACCAACUACGCGGUGGAUGUGAUCGACUACAGCAACGCCAACCUCGUCAACGUCAGCGGUCGGGUCAUGAACACGGCUGCCAAGUUUUGGCUGCAGGCCAAGGGCGUGAUCGUCACCAUGCCGCUGGGGUACCUGCAGAACAAGCUGGCGGCUUCACAGCCCACUUUGUUCAAGCCCGCGCUAAGUUCAACUCAGUCCGGUGCCAUCAAGGCCUUGGGAAUGGGCCUGCUGAACAAGGUCAUCCUCGUUUGGAACGAUGCCAGCUGGUGGUCCGGCCUGUUGACUGAGCCUUGGGUCACCAUCCGCAACACCUCCACCCCUGGAGCCUUCUCCGAGUACUACAACCUGGCGGCAACAGCGACCAAGCUCCCGGUCCUCAUCUGCUUCAACGGCGCCAGCUUCGCCAGAAGUGUUGAGGGGCUCAGCGACGAGGCCAUGACUAUCGUCACCCGCUGGGCCUCAGAUCCAUGGACGUACGGGUCGUACUCGUACGGCAAAGUUGGCAUGACCGGCACCACGCGCACACAGGCAUCCGCGCCCCUGGGAACCCAGAAGCGUGUCGGGUUUGCCGGCGAACACACACACACGCAGUUUCCCGCCACCGCCCAUGGCGCGUAUCUGAGCGGGGUUGCGGAGGCGGGUAGGAUUGCGCCAAUAGUGAAGCAGUGA